AUGGGAAAUGAAGUAGUCUUUCCAUCACCGACACUUGCGUUUACUGGGAUAGGCUGUUGCUGUCUUAUUUCAUUAAUAAUUCUUUUUGAUUAUUACUUCUAUAUAGUUAAGAACCAAUUUGCGAUGACAAAGACGCGAGCGUUUUAUUACUUCAUGGCGAUUUCGUUUAUCGGAGUUGAAACAGCGACGAAUGGGUUAUUUUAUGGAACGCCGAAUGUGUCGUGUUUAAUAUUUCUCGGACAGCGGUCUGGGGAGUGUAUGAUGCCGUUGAUAGUGUUAUUCUCCUUUUUCAUUUGGACGUACGACUUCUUUUUGUUUAGGACAUAUGGGACGAACGCAAGUGGGUUAAUCAAUCACACGUGGCAAAGUAUUAUAUCGUGUGUAGCUGGAGUGUUUCUGAUCGUUCAAAUUGCAUUUGUGUCAGCUGUUAUACAAUAUAACACUCCAUAUGACUGUACGCCAGAAAACCCACAUUUGUCACCACUGUAUUAUACGACAUAUACUGUGACUAUUAUAGAAAUGAUUCUCUUUGUCAUCUUCAUAGUCGUCUAUUUCGUGUUUUUCAUUCUGCGUCACAAGAAUUUCAAAGUCUCGUUUAAAACAGCGGAAGGGAAACAGUACAUCAUUUUCUUUGUGAGAUUUGCUGUUGCAACUAUUAUACUCCUCGUGUCGUUGUUACUGAAAAUAGUGGCAUUUUUGGUCACCAACGAAUACGCCUCUAUUGAAAAACAAAUCUUCACAAACCAAGUCCCUCUUGUUAUCCAAUUUGUAGCGCAAACAAUACUCACUUUCAAUACAGCAGGCUUUGUGGAGCAAACGCCAAAUUACGAUAACUUAAAUUCUUCUUUUUAA